UAGUAAAAUGGGAUGUGUUUGCAGUAAGCACUUAGGAGGAACAAGAACAAGGCAUGAAAACAUCUCGCUUCUUGCUUCUCAAACCUUUUUUAGCGAUGCUGAGGUUGAAGUUCUACAUGAAUUGUUCACCAAACUCACUUCUUGUGUCAGCAGCGACAACCUUAUAACCAAAGAAGGUUUUCAGUUUAUCUUAACCAAGGACACCAAGAGACGAAGUCUUUCUACGGAGCGGAUGUUUGGAUUGUUCGAUAUGAGAAACGAUGAGGCAAUUGAUUUUGGAGAGUUUGUACACUCUCUCAACAUUUUCCAUCCGAACUCCACCCAAAGAGAUAAAGCCUUAUUUGCAUUUCGGCUAUAUGAUACUCGUCAGACUGGAUUUAUUGAACCGGAAGAGGUGAAAGAGAUGAUAAUAGACGUUCUAGAGGAAUCAGAACUGAUGCUAACCGAGAGUAUCAUCGACUCGAUUGUGUCUAAGACAUUUGAAGAGGCGGACAGGAAGAAAGAUGGGAAAAUAGAUUUGGAAGAAUGGGAGAACUUUGUGGCCAGGCAUCCUUUGAUUCUCAAGAACAUGACCAUCCCUUUCUUGAAGGACUUACCACGAACUUUUCCAAGCUUUCUCCAAUAAAAGUCAGAUACUGACAGGUGAUGAUGGGUUGUCGAUGGCUAAAGAGUAGAAGGAUCAAAGGUUCUUUUAGAAAAUGAUAAUAAUCAAAUGCAAUAUGCAUAUUCUUUUGUAACAAAAUGUCUUUGCAUUAUUGUUGGCCUAAUGGCCUAUAACAAGAUCUUUAAGGUUCAG